AUGCACAAUGUGCCAAGUUGUGAUUCUAACAACUCCACUGAGAGACCAAAUAUCACCACAGACAGCAACACAGCAGCUGUUGAUGUACUGACAGUUCAACUGAAAGUUCUUCAACAACAAGUGUCCAGUUUGCAAGAAUUACAAGACACAAAGAAUCAUGAACAAGAGAUAAUGCUAGACAGUAGAUGUACUCCAGCGGACACUGAUUUUCACUUAAGGUUGCAAAAUGUUGAAGCCAAGUUGUUGCUUCUUCAAGAUGUGCAAACUAGAGAUUACACAACCCUUCACAAUGCUGUGGGGGAACUCUCCACACCGAGAAUAGAUAUCAUGUCACUGCAAGAUGAUAUCUCAAGUAUAAAAAAGUAUCAAAAAGCUCUAAAGGGAAAAACUGAGGGAUUAAAAAAACAAGACUGA